AUGCACCAAGAACCUGAGAGAUCCAGGAAAGGGGAAAAGAGGGAGGAGGGACACAGAAGUCUGUCCACGGCUCCUUAUCACAUCCGCAAAUACCGAGAGCGCGACCGCAAGUGUGUCGUGGGCUUCUUCUUCACGGGGGUGAAUAAGCACACCUUGACCACCUUCCUCCAAUUGCUGAAGCUGCCCCGAGCACUUGUGCUCUUACCCGGGGGGCCACUCACACAACUCCUGCUCUCUGGCUCCUGGCUCCUCAUGGUGCUCAGCCUCAGCCUCAGCCUCCUCUGUGCCCUGUGGUUCUUUGCCAAAUAUCCCUGGAGGAAGUAUGAAGACAGGACACUGCUCACAGACAUGUCUGACAUCACCAAAUCCUACCUGAGUGAGCGUGGCUCCUGCUUCUUGGUGGCUGAGUCUGAAGAGAAAGUGUUGGGCAUGGUGGGAGCUCUGCCCGUUGACGAUCCCACCUUGAGGGAGAUGCAGUUGCGGCUGCUUCACCUCUUUGUGGAUAUUGAGCACCGUCAUAGGAGGAGAGCAAAAGCCCUGGUCAGGACUGUCCUCCCAUUUGCCCGGGACCAGGGCUAUAGUGAAGUUGUCCUUGGCAUGAAUACAGUGCAGUUCUCUGCCCUGGCCCUCUACCAGGGCAUGGGCUUCCAGGAGAUGGAUCAGUCCUACCACACCAUGAGCCGGAGGCUAGUGGCUGUUCCUAGAGUUCAUUUCAUCUACCACCUCCCUUCUGCUCAGGCAGGGGGCCUGUGA